AUGGCACCGCAUAUGUAUACUGAGACCCCACUUGCGCCAAUUAGUACGCCAAGAUUUAAAUCUGGGAAGACAGAUCCAUUCACGAUUGAAGCUUCUCAUAUGGCACUGAGUCAUAAUUCGUUCAUUCGCGGUUUCAACAGCAUAUACCAACAAGCUCCACGCAUUCAAUCCCCGGACGACAAAAAAGAUUUUGUGGGUUAUUGCAUUGCGUGGGUUGACUGUGUCGAUCAGCAUCACCACUAUGAAGAGACGGAAUUCUUCCCUGCUAUUGAAAAAGCUGCUGGUCGCAAGGGCUUGAUGGACGGUGCUGUCGAUCAGCAUGCGGCUUUCCACGACGGCCUAGAACGUUUCAAGAGUUAUGUCCAGGAAAAGGGAUCUAGUUUCUCAUCCAAAGAGCUCAUCCAGAUCAUGGAUUCUUUCUCUGAGCCAUUGUACAACCAUCUGAAGGAAGAGCCUCAAACAAUAGCGGAUCUCUCUCAGUAUAAUACUCCCGAAACACCUAUUGACAUCUUGGCCAUAGCUGCCGAAGCUGGCAAGAAACAAGUCAACAUUUCCUUCCUUUUCAAUAUACUUCCAGUCUUCUUCUUGAACAUGGAAAGUGUUGAAUUUGAGAACGGAUUGUGGCAUACAUCCUUUCCUCCUGUCAACAAACCAGUCAAAUGGCUUAUGACUAAAGGCGCUCCAAUGUGGUAG